AUCAAUUCCCAAAGUAAUAAUGUCCAACACUACAGGGCAAAAGUGUAAUUACCCUACCCCACACCCCAAACUAAAAAACAAUAAAAUAAAAGAAAAAAACAAAUUUCGAAACCAAAUUUAAAAACUGAAAGUGAAACCUCCAUAACCAUCUUCAUCAAUCAUCAUCUUCCUUCUCCUCUCACCGGGCUGUUACACAACCCACCAUCACAACCCAAUAACAGCCCGGUAAUUCUAAACCCCCUUACACCACCAACUUUUUUUUUUAAAAUUCACCAAAACCGCGGCGUUUGGAGGAGAGAGAAUGGAAUCAUCCUCGUCGACAACCACAACCACAACCACCACGACGUCGUUGGCUUCCGGCGAAGGUGGUUCAACAUCAGAAUCAAGCAGCAGAACAUCAAAUACAACAGCAGCAAGAUCAUCAAUGAUUGAUUCAUUAAGGGGUUGCGGAUUAUCAGGGAUUAGGAUUGAUAAAGAGGACCUCCGCCGUCGUAUUUUAAUCCCUAAAUAUUUACGGCUAGCAAUGCGCCGUGCAAUUAACUCUAAGGAUAUUUCUUCUGGGGUCGAUUCGGCGGAUCUUGUGGCGGCGGAGGAGGUUCAUCUUCCGCCGGAAAGUCCGAUGGUUGUGUUUAUUAAUUCCAGGAGUGGUGGAAGACAUGGCCCUGACCUUAUGUUGAGGCUUCAACAAUUAAUGGGUGAAGAACAGGUGUUUGAUCUUUCAGAUGUCAAGCCUAAUGAGUUUGUACAGUAUGGAUUGGCUUGCCUUGAGCAAUUCGCUAGCGAGGGUGAUCCUUGUGCAAAAGAGGUUCGGGAUAAGAUCAGAGUAGUGGUUGCUGGGGGAGAUGGUUCAGUUGGUUGGGUACUUGGAUGCCUGGGUGAACUUCACAAAGAAUCUAGAACUCCGAUUCCUCCUGUAGCAAUCAUUCCCCUUGGCACAGGGAACGAUCUUUCCAGGAGUUUUGGCUGGGGUGGUUCGUUUCCAUUUGCUUGGAAGUCAGCUGUCAAAAGGUCUCUUCAUAAGGCUAGUACUGGCACCGUUUGUCGUUUAGACAGUUGGCAUGUGUCAAUAACAAUGCCAGCUGGAGAAGUUAUGGAGCUUCCUCAUUCGUUGAAGUCAACAGGAGAAUGUACUCUUGAUCAGGGAUUCUUGCUUGCUGGCCGGCUUCCCGAGAAAGUGACUUGUUACGAUGGAGUGUUCUAUAACUAUUUUAGCAUUGGUAUGGAUGCACAAGUUGCCUAUGGUUUCCAUAACUUGCGUAAUGAAAAGCCAUAUCUUGCACAGGGUCCAAUUGCAAAUAAGUUGAUCUAUUCUGGAUACAGCUGUACCCAGGGUUGGUUCUUCACGCCUUGUGCAAGUGAUCCAAGCUUAAGGGGGCUCAAUAACAUCUUAAGAAUUCAUAUAAAAAAGGUCAACUGUUCAGAAUGGGAGCAAGUACGAGUCCCGUCAAAUGUGAGAUCAAUAGUUGCAUUGAAUCUUCAUAGUUAUGCAAGUGGAAGACAACCAUGGGGUAAUUUGAGACCUGAAUACUUGGAAAAGAGAGGUUUUGUUGAGGCAAAUGCUGAUGAUGGUCUUCUUGAAAUUUUUGGUCUAAAGCAUGGGUGGCAUGCGUCUUUCGUGAUGGUAGAACUAAUAUCAGCGAAGCACAUUGCCCAGGCAGCUGCAAUUAGGUUUGAAGUAAGAGGUGGUGAGUGGAAACAGUCAUAUAUGCAGACAGAUGGGGAGCCAUGGAAACAACCACUAGAUAAAGAAUAUUCAACAUUUGUGGAGAUCAAGCGGGUGCCAUUUCAGUCCCAAAUGAUUAGAGGCGAAUAAUAAUAAUACUCUUUAUUUGCAAUUUUCGUGUAAAGGCAUUGUUAGAAGUUGUAAUCUAAAAUAGAGAUGCAGUUAGCUGUAUUCUGUAACGAUUGUUGUAUAUGUAAAUUAUUCAACCAGUGUAAGCUCCCUGCUGACUCGUGGGAAACAGAGUUGAUGAGGAGUGAGAUUUCCAGGAUGAGAUGUUGAGGAGUGUGUAUUGACAAGUUGUAAAAACAUUUGUAUGUAUCAAUCAAUGUAUGGGAUGAGAUGUUGAGGAGUGUGAA